UUGAAACCUGACAAUAUGCUUAUUUCUAAUGAAGGUCAUAUCAAACUAACAGAUUUUGGGCUUUCUAGAGUUACUUUAAAUAGAGAUAUUAAUAUGAUGGAUAUUCUUACAACACCAUCAAUGGCUAAACCUAGACAGGAUUACUCAAGAACCCCAGGACAAAUAUUAUCUCUAAUCAGCUCUCUGUAUUUUUUCACACCAAUGACCCAAAGCAAUAAAGACUCUGCAAAUACACUUGCAACUCAUAUAUCUGAAACAUCACCACUUUCUCAAGGAAUAAAUUGUCCUAUGUCUAUAGAUGAAAAGGUCAUUACCCCUUCUGCUGGGAAACUACUACAAUCAGAUUUUGAAGCAGUCGCCUCCAAUCCGGGAAUACCUAUGCAGUGCCUAACCUCUAAUCUACUCCAGUCUAGGAAAAGGCUGGCCACGUCAAGUGCCAGUAGCCAGUCCCACACCUUUUUAUCUAGUGUGGAAUCAGAAUGCCACAGCAGUCCCAAAUGGGAAAAGGAUUGCCAGGAAAAUGCUGAUGCACUGGGCUCUGAGAUGUUGAGUUGGAAUACCGAUGAGAAACUUUCAGGUACCAACGAGACCCAAAGUUUGAAUGAAAAGCAUCUCAAGUUAGCCCUUUCUCCCAUUGACACCAGCAGUGCUGUUCCUGCCACUGGAAGCUUGAGUAUGAACCUUCCUAAAAGCAACUUCUCUGGGGAAGUUUCUUGGGAAGCAAAACUGCAUAUGAGUAGCAUGACCACUGACACUAGACAGUUCGGUCUCUGUCAGGCAAAUCAGGGAGCUGUAGAUUUUGUUAACGUGACUGAAGAACACCUUGGAAAAAGAAGUCUUAAAAGAAACAUUGAGUUAGUUGACACCAGCCCUUGUCAGGAAAUCAUACAGAAUAAAAAGUACUGCACAGACGUGAAACAUGGAAAUCAGAUAAGAGAUUGUUAUACAAAUCAAAACACAGGCUUAACCAUUGAAAUCCAGAAUUUUCAGCUGUCAGCACACAAAAGUCAGCAGAGUGACUCUGAAGAUAAGGAAAACAUGAUCAGAGCUUUUACUGAUAAACAACAAACACCAGAGAAAUCACCGAUCCCCAUGAUAGCUAAAAAUCUUAUGUGUGAACUGGAUGAAGAUUGUCACAAGAAUAACAAGGACUAUUUCAAUUCAAGUUUUCUGUUUUCUGAUGAUGACAGAGCUUCUAAAACCGUCUAUAUUAACUCUGACUCAUCAAUUGCUGAAGUUUCUGUCAUGGAAAGUUCAUUAGAAAAGCAAUCUAUAGACGCAGAUAAAAGCUUCAGAGAAUCCUCUUUUGAAGAAUCCCAUAUGGAAGAUCUUACUGUAUCACUCAGCUGCCAAGAAAAUACCUUGCCAAAAGGGGAUGAGAAUCUUGCUGACCAAGAGGACAGUAAUCAAAAUACAUUAGCAGCUCCUACAGAUGUGUUGAAAACAACCUCUAAAAGAAAUGCUGUUGCUUUUCGAACUUAUAACAGUCACAUAUCUGCAUCCAAUAACUCAGAACCAUCCAAGAUGAGCAUGAAUUCUUUUGAUGCAAUGGAUAUUUCAUUUGCUUAUAGUGGCUCAUGUCCCAUGGCUGUAACCCCAACUCAAAAAAGAAGAUCUCGUAUUCCAUAUCAGCAGACCCCCAACCAAGUGAAGUCAGGAACUCCAUACCGAACUCCAAAGAGUGUGAGACGAGGGGUAGCACCCGUGGAUGAUGGGCGAAUUCUCGGAACCCCAGACUAUCUUGCUCCUGAGCUCCUGCUGGGUAGAGCCCACGGAUUUCUUAACUCUGGUUCUGCAGUAGACUGGUGGGCACUUGGAGUUUGCUUGUUUGAGUUUUUAACAGGAAUUCCACCUUUCAAUGAUGAAACACCACAGCAUGUAUUCCAGAACAUUCUGAAAAGAGAUAUCCCUUGGCCAGACGGCGAAGAAAAGUUAUCUGAGAAUGCUCAGAAUGCAAUAGAAAUACUCUUAACCAUUGAUGAUACAAUGCGAGCUGGGAUGAAAGAGCUAAGAAGUCACCCCCUCUUCAGUGAUGUGGACUGGGAAAAUCUGCAACAUCAGCCUAUGCCUUUCAUCCCUCAACCUGAUGACGAGACAGACACAUCCUAUUUUGAAGCCAGGAAUAAUGCUCAGCACCUGACCGUAUCUGGAUUCAGUUUAUAG